AUGGCCCCUCUAGGAGGCAUCUGGGUCCCGAUGGCCCAGCGCAUCCUAAAGCAGGCCUUGUCUGCGGGCGCGCGCAUGACCGAAGUUGUGCGCAUCAACAUCUCGGCCGCAUCACGGAUCAGCCAGGUUCGACUGGAGCCGGCAGCCGUGCGGACGGCCGUCUCUGGCGGUGGUGUCCGUCAGCCGCUGCACCCGUUCGCUCUGCGCCGUCAGCUCAAGCGCAGCGGCACCCGCUGGUACCACGCGCGCCAGACCUCGACCUCGUCCACCCUAUCGUUUUCCUUCUCGCCCCGACGCUUCCAUGCGGCCGUGCGUCGCUUCAUCCGCACCGGCCGGCCAUCCCGCCCUCGUCACGUCGACCGCGCCGCUUUUCUGCAGUCGCCCAUCGCCUCGCAGGCUGUCUGGCGUGCACCCGGCCGCGCCCCCUUUGCGUCGGCGCUGCGGCCCAGCCUGACCGGAGGCGCACUUCCUCGCACGGCUGGCGGCUAUGCGGCCGGUGCAGCUGGUCGUGGUGGUGCCCGCUAUUUCUCGCACGCACCCGCAGCACCAGCACAGGUCGUGCAGAACGUUUCGCAGGCCAUGCGCGCCUUCUGGCUGUCGGGCCAGCGCGCCCGCUUUGACGGCACCGAUGGCCAAGGAAGGACCUGCUACAGGGCCAUCAGCUCGCUCGAGGAAGAGACUGCCCGUCGUCUCGCUGUGCCAGCUCUGCCUGCGCUAGCGCCCGGUGCCUUUGUCGACUUUCCCCUGACGCCCACCAUCACGGCCUUGGCCCCGCUGAUGGCUGCUGGUGUUCGCUCUCGCUCUGGCUCUGGCUCGGCUUUCCCCAGCAAGAUGGCCACCGGCUUUGGCUUCACUGCUGCGCCUGCUGCCACCACCUCUCCCACCACUCUCAACACCGAAGGUUUCCUCGAUGUGCUCGGCGUCGACUUUUCGCGCGCUCUUCAGGAACUCGGCGCCGUCAUGGCCGAUCUCCGACGACUGGCUGGCCUAGGCGACCUGCCCGUGCUGCUCGAGCACGACGCCGUGCUGCGCGUGCGUUUCCCCGGUGUCGAUGCUGUCACUGUCGACCGGCUCUGCGAAGAUCUUGGGGUCACGCGCGGGCUUGUCGGCCAGGAUCCCGGCUUUGACACGACCGCCGACGUCACCUUGGCCCUUCGCUUCCCGUUUGCGCCGGACAAGGCCAAGACGGCCUCGUUGACGUCGCCCGGUGAAUCAACACGUGAGUCCUCGGCAAUCGACGAAGGUAUCUACACCGACUACGACGACAUGGACGACGUAGGUGACCCGUGGCUGCUCUCGCUCCCGCCCAGCCCCCAUUCCCACUACGGCGGCCUCGAGCCAGCGGCUGUCUCGUCCGGCCAGCCCGUCUCGAGCGAGCCUGACGGCUUGCAGGGCGUGUAUCGCUUCCUCAAGGCGUGUGAUCAGGUGCAAGGACGUUGUUGA